UCAGAAGAGCCGAGACAACGACGAAGAAUCGGAUAAUUCUAGCAGAUACGAGAAGAACAUCGCCGUCGUUCAUAGUUUUCAGAAAAGUCGGACUUUAAAGGGGGGAGUAGAGGGGGCUUUCGACCACCCUGACCUCCCCCCAAUAUGCCAGGCUCCAUCGUCUCUCAAUUUUACAUCAGCAAAUCGCCGAGUUUCCAAAGAGCUUUCUCCACUUUUUCCACUUAACACAGAGGAGGUUUUGGCGGAUCUAGAAACUUGUUCUAUUUCAGUGGAUGGAAUCACUGACUUCAAAUUCACCGAGCCAGUAGAACUGUUUACAGACGAUGUAGAAUGUGCAAAGAAAUUGAAAGAGAGUAAUGAAGUGAAUGGAGUAAAGAUAAAGCAAAGGCCAGUCUCAGAUGGUUAUAAAUUAGCUGAUGAAGUUUACCUCCAACUUGACACUCCGAGGGAGGAAUCAGCAGGAACAGUAAUUCGUUGCCCGUUCAGCGACAUUUCCAUCCAAAUUAAAAACUCAGAUAGGAAGCUUUCUCAACCGUUACCGGAAAUAAGGACGAUUUGUGCUGUAGAGGAGAACUCAUUAAAAACUCCUAAAAUCGAAAUCUCUAACCGAGCGGCAAGGCGAAGAAAGCUCGGAAUCAUCGGAAGACCUAAAGUCAUUGAGCAUAAACCGGAAGAUGUAACGAGGGAAACUUCUCAAGAGUUUGAUCUCAGUCCUAAAUUUGACAGCCUUUAUCGUCGCACAAAAUCGGACGAUAACGCAAAGAAACUUGGCUGUCAACCGAUAGAAUUACCGAUUCAAAAAGAGAUCGGUUCACAAAGGUGUUUGAGCAGCGUGAACAGAGGCUCCUCGUUUGAUCGACAUUUCCCAACUUUUGAUCUGACGAAAUCCAAAUCUGUGGGAUGUGUAUAUCCUAGGCAAGAUAGUUACAGGGGACAAGCUCCGUCGCCAAGUUGUAUCCCAGAUAAAGUUACUGAAAGGACAAGAGCUUCGGAUCAAACCUGCGCCAUGUAUGGCAUGCUGCUUCUCAGCGCUUGUCAGUUCGGACAGGCAGAGUACGGGGACACUCUGUGGUCGAAGGUGCUGGAGUUCGCUGGGGUGAAGAACACGGUGUUCGAUCCACACGUGCGGUACCCUGACCACAUCUUCACCCAGCUCGCCGAAGCCUGUACUGUGCUCAUAGGCGAGGGCGACCAGGAGGACUACAUGGUCUUUUUCGGCAGGUGCUUCGUGCGGUACUGCAGCAGCUACGGGUACGACAAGGUUCUACGCCGUGCUGGUCGCCACUUCUGCCACUUCCUGCAGGAGGUUGACAAUCUGCACGCACAACUCAGAUUCAGCUUCCACAAGAUGCGUUCACCUUCCCUCAUCGUGACGCGCUUCGAUGGCGAGGGCGCCGUGCUGCAGUACCGCAGCUGCCGCGUCGGCUUCACUCACUACGUCAUCGUGGCUGUUGUUGCUGGUGCUGAGGAUGUUGGUGCUGAGGAUGUUGGUGCUGAGGAUGUUGGUGCUGAGGAUGUUGGUGCUGAGGAUGUUGGUGCUGGUGAUGUUGGUGCUGAGGAUGUUGGUGCUGAGGAUGUUGGUGCUGGUGAUGUUGGUGCUGAGGAUGUUGGUGCUGAGGAUGUUGGUGCUGGUGAUGUUGGUGCUGAGGAUGUUGGUGCUGAGGAUGUUGGUGCUGGUGAUGUUGGUGCUGAGGAUGUUGGUGCUGAGGAUGUUGGUGCUGGUGAUGUUGGUGCUGAGGAUGUUGGUGCUGAGGAUGUUGGUGCUGGUGAUGUUGGUGCUGAGGAUGUUGGUGCUGAGGAUGUUGGUGCUGGUGAUGUUGGUGCUGAGGAUGUUGGUGCUGAGGAUGUUGGUGCUGGUGAUGUUGGUGCUGAGGAUGUUGGUGCUGAGGAUGUUGGUGCUGGUGAUGUUGGUGCUGAGGAUGUUGGUGCUGAGGAUGUUGGUGCUGCUGCUGCGUGGCACAUCAACUGCGUGUCUUAUAGGCUGGAUUUCGAUAACCGAGACUUCUUGCAGGACUUCCAGAAGAUGAAGGUGGACUUCAGCAGACCUUCUUUGCCCAACACCACACUGCAUGUGAUAAUGCAGCUGUUCCCAUGCGGCAUUGUGAUGGACGCUGACCUGCGCGUGCGACUGGCGGGUGACCGCAUACAUCAGCUACUGGGCGCGGGGCUCAUCGGCUCAGAAUUUGUGGACCACUUCAGCAUCCGCCGACCCGUCAUGCAAUUCUCGUGGAAGGAGGUGCUGAUGCACGACCGCGUUGCCUGGGAGGUCGUCGCUAGGAUCAAGGCAAACAAUAACAACAGCAGCCACACCAGCGGCACCUCCCCCCUGUCAACUCCAACCCCUCCUGAUGGGGUUCAUGGAGGAAUGUCAUCUUCUAGGGCCUCGUUAGCCCCGGGGUACUCAUGCAACCCCAAGCCCCCGACGUCAGGGUUCACGGGAGGGUUCGCUGGAGCAUCUAGUAAAAGCGUCGGGUCGCUCUCCGCCAUGGCGUGUCCGUUCAGUGCAGAGCUGAGUGGCCAGCGAGCUGAACUAGACGCGUCUCAAGUGUCGCUGGAGCGUCGCAGGUCCCACAGGUCCGAGUGGAUCCAGAAGAACAGGAGUCUGUCCAGCGACCAACAGCUCCACGAGGGCGAGAAGGGACUGCUGCUCAAGGGCCAAAUGUACAUCCUCAAGGACCAUCAGAUGGCCAUGUUCCUCUGCAUGCCGCUGAUCAACAACCAGCAGGAAAUGCGGGACUUGGGACUUUAUUUGAACGACCUCAGCAUGCACGACCUCAGUCGGGAAAUGGCGCUCACUGACUGGCAACAUUGUUCCAACAUCGAGUUGAUGUACAAUCGAGCGGAAGAAAAUUCCGCCAAACUUGAGGAGACUUUGAACCUCCGGGAGCAAUGGAAGGAGCGCGGCGACAACCUCCUGUAUGCCAUGCUGCCCAGGCAGGUGGCCGACCUGUUGCGGCAAGGGCAGCACCCAUUGGAGACCUGUCAGUCGUUCGAGGAAGUCUCGGUGUUGUUCGCCGAGGCGUCGUUGCUGGAGGAGCGCAAGAGCCUCGAGGCCCUCGAGAUCGUGCGGUCCGUCAACGAGAUGUACAACUUGUUGGAUGACCUCACUGACCGAUACAGCGUCUUUAAGGUGGAGACGGUGGGUGGUGUGUACAUGGUGGUGGGUGGUGUGCCGGAGCCCUUAGCUGACCACACAGCCCACGUGGCCGCUCUGGCGCUCCAUAUGACCCGCGCCGUCAACGACAACUUCAGGAGAACCCAUAACAUCCGAAUAGGUAUCCACGUAGGCCCUGUAGUGGCGGGUGUGGUGGGGAACCGUCUGCCGCGGUACUGCCUCUUCGGCGACACCGUCAACACGGCAUCCAGGAUGCUCACUAAUUGCCACUUCGGACGUGUGCACGUGACGGAGCGCUACGCCAAAGCCGUCGAGGCGCUGGGAUUUAGAACGCGGCAUCGAGGCACCCUGCCUAUCAAGGGCAAAGGCACGAUGAGCACCUACUGGCUGGAGGGCUACCAGGACGAGAACGUCGCCCACAAGCGCAGCGACGACAACAGCAGCCAUGCUAGAGUCUAAUAUAUUAUACUCGAACGCAUUCCAUCGAAUAUGAUUAAAUGAAACCAUGUGAUUGAAAAAAGUAUGAAAAACUUUUGUUUGGAACAAAGUGUCAAAUCCAGAUUCAGUGUAAAUCAACAACACGAUAACAAUCGAUUCCCGAGUAGCCAUAAUGGAAUAGCCAUUAGAAAAGUAUGCCUCGACAGCAAACGCACGCUGUUCACUUGUCCAAGGCAUAAUGACAACUGACUAGGCGGGACACAAAACUUCAUGACUUUGCCUUUCAUGUGAAGUGGUAUCAUCCCUUUUCUAAAACAUCUGGCUGCUUGGCCCGAACACAAAACAGGAAGUUUCAGUGAUUCACCCUGAAUAUUUUGGCCUUGCAAAAGUGACGGUAAUUUCUGCAAAAAAGUAAAGCGAUAUCGUAUAAAAAGUGUUUUUUCAACAGCGUGAAUGUUUUCAAAAGUAUAUUUUUGGAGAAAAUGCUUAGCGUUAAUGGAAAAACAUACUUUUUUAGAUCAGAGUUAUAUUUUUAAAAUUAAAUUGAAGAAUGAACAGGAAUGUUGGCGUUAGAAUGUAAGUAGAUGUUUAGUGACGAGUUCGUACGCUUGCUUACGCCAGUACUUGUAGCAUUUUAUAUAAUUUAAAAUGUCACAGUUUUUCACCCGCCAAGACCAGCGAGAACAAGGUAGCGAAAAAACCUAUUCAGAUCUCAUAGAAUUUUCUGUUAAAUGUCUGAGAAAAGAACACAGAAUCUUUCAAAAUAAAUCGCACUGAGGUUUGAGUAAGAAAAAGAAGUCAUGACCAUCCCAGUUCUCAAUUAAAUUCAGCUAGAGAUCAACUAUGUUACAUGGAAUUCUGUCACGAUUCACUUAAGGUAACGGUUAUGAUGCUCCUCUGGGGAAUUUCCUUGAGUAUAUUGACAACAUCGUUUAAUAACAAUGCAGUAUUCAUAGGUUUUUAUUUUUAGUUUACUCUCAAUUACUAGAAUCUAGGGAAGUGGUCGGUGCCUGAAAGCAAUAUGGUGAUACGUUAGAAUGAGCCAUGAAUGGUGAUUAUUUCACAUAUUCAAUUGCUGCUGUUUUUGACUGAAUAAUUUAACCAGUGAAUUUACAAAAACUCCAUUUAUGAAAUGGUGGUUUUGUACUCAGUGCCUGAAAACAAUCACAACAAUCGUAUUUAAACGAAUAAACAAUAGAUCAGAAUGUAUUCCCAGUUGUUCUUUUCUAUACAUAUUGCUUAAAUAAUGCCGUACUGAAACGCUGCCAGAUUUGAAUGACGAAGUAAAGGAAGACGGAAUUUUGUUCCAGAGUUUCAUGUAGAUUUAUUCACAUAAAACUACAGCACAAAUGUUGAUCGCAGUCCUACAUCAUCAGAGAACGUGUAUUUGUGAGAGCUUUAAUGCCAAAAUAAUUUUCAUUAUCUUGGUUAGUUGCUUGGGCUACGCAAUAUAUUUGGCAUGCAUUGUAUUGCAAAAUUAAUUCUAUGAUAUAAAUCGUGUGCCGCAGCAAUGAAGGAUUAGGAAAGCUAUGACGGAGAUGAAAUUCGAGUAAAAUUUUGCUGUAUUACUAACUUUAACAUAGAUAAUCAAUUAAAACUCAGCAGUUUUCACAUUUUUGAAGAGACAAAGAAUUCUCAAUUAAACGAAAAUUUUGGAGCAUUGAUGUUGCUUUCGUUGUGGAUUUUAGGUUUAGUACUUGACUCUUUCUGACAGCUUCACCCCUCCUGCACUUUCGGUGUUGUAAUGAUAACGCAAGAAUUUAUAGGUAACACAAGGGAAAUUUAUAGGGAAUGAAUAUUACGCAAUUCUGUAUCGUCCUAACGAUUGAUCACAUGCCAAAAAUUGUAUUGUUUGCAUAAAUGAGCCAGAAAAAGGCCGGUAAUUUUGUCAUAUGUUUCCCUUGAUGAAAUAAUAAAAAAUUAUAAUUCGUCUAUUAAGAUAGGAACAACAAAAAUUACCCUGAUGCGUUCCAUGUCGCUGCAGGUGUUUCAAUCAAUUGACAUUACAUCGAAUCGAUAAUUAUUUUCGCAAAAUGUGAUGGUCUGCUGAAAUUAAAAGCAAGCCACAGUAAGGAAUGCGAGCUCAACCAUCGGCAAUGGGUGAAUUAAUUUGGUCUGCCAUGUCACAAUAUGACGUUCAUGGAUAAUCUUAAAUGUUACUCAUAUUGCUUCGUUUCUCAGUAAUUUUUGAAAAUGUAUCAUUCAUAUGAACUCCAUUUUCUAAUUUUAGCGCGCAAGGAACUUCUUAAUAUGAUCCUUUCAUGGUCCGAUUUACUGAAUAAAAUCGCACUUCACA